UCACUCGAUUGACUUUGUUCCUUUGUUCCUCCUGCGACAUUUUGAUUCAUGGAUGUUCUAGCGAAAGUGUGCAUGGCCGUGGAUUGGCUGGAUGGACGGCCCAGAUCCAACCUCUGAUGCAGUACUGUAAAGAGUAGACUUGCACAUCUGCCAGGCAAAAGUGGUGCGGCCACCACUUUAUCCGUUCAAUUUUCUUCCAUGGAUUAAGCCCCUUCAGUACCAUUUAUUUCUUCUUCGGGAGUCUUUUGCCCUAGAAUAAAAUCCUCUCUGCUCUGAUACAGACAAUUUUCCCUAAACAGUAAACAGGAAUAUGGGGGCGAGCAGCGAUCCGAAUCAGGACGGUUCUGACGAGCAGCAGAAGCGGUCGGAGAUAUACACGUACGAGGCACCGUGGCACAUCUAUGCCAUGAACUGGAGUGUCCGCCGCGACAAGAAGUACCGGCUGGCUAUAGCCAGCCUCCUGGAACAGUACCCAAACCGCGUGGAGAUCGUUCAGCUGGACGACUCCAACGGUGAGAUCCGCUCCGAUCCAAACCUCUCCUUUGAGCAUCCCUACCCUCCCACCAAGACCAUCUUUAUCCCGGACAAGGAGUGCCAGAAACCCGACCUUCUCGCAACCUCCAGCGAUUUCCUCCGUGUGUGGCGGAUCUCCGACGACCACCGCGUCGAGCUUAAGAGCCUCCUCAACGGAAACAAGAACAGCGACUUCUGCGGUCCCCUCACCUCCUUCGACUGGAACGACGCCGAGCCCAAGCGCAUCGGCACCUCCAGCAUCGAUACCACCUGCACCAUCUGGGACAUAGAUCGCGAAAUCGUCGACACCCAACUCAUCGCUCACGAUAAGGAGGUAUACGACAUCGCCUGGGGCGGAGUCAGUGUCUUUGCAUCCGUCUCCGCCGACGGCUCCGUCCGCGUCUUCGAUCUUCGUGACAAGGAGCACUCCACCAUCAUCUACGAGAGCUCCGAGCCUGACACCCCCUUGGUUCGCCUUGGCUGGAACAAGCAGGACCCCAGGUAUAUGGCCACAAUCAUCAUGGACAGCUCUAAAGUCGUCGUCCUUGACAUCCGCUACCCCACGCUACCUGUCGUUGAAUUGCAGAGGCAUCAGGCUUCCGUCAAUGCUAUUGCCUGGGCUCCCCACAGUUCCUGCCACAUCUGCACGGCCGGGGAUGAUUCCCAGGCCUUGAUUUGGGACUUGUCCUCCAUGGGCCAACCUGUCGAGGGUGGCCUGGAUCCUAUUCUCGCGUACACGGCCGGGGCGGAGAUCGAGCAGCUGCAGUGGUCCUCGUCCCAGCCCGAUUGGGUUGCCAUUGCUUUCUCCACCAAGCUUCAGAUACUUAGGGUAUGAUGUGUAUUGAAUGAUUAUGUUUUAAUUUUAUAUAUAUCGCGGGUUUGAGUUCGCAAUGGAACGAUCCAUGCCUUGUCUUAUACUGUGUGUUCGUCUUUUUUAGAUUCCAAUUUAUAGUUUCUCAA